AUGGGAGCUGUCGGAUCAAAAAUUUUUCUAUCAGAGGUUUUGAACUUCAUAAAGAAAAAGAUUCUAGGAGACGAAUUUACCGUGGGAUUUAAUUUAAUUGCCACAAGAUACUUCCCGUCUUUGAUCGAUUUAGACAAACUUCUUGGUGGUAAUUUUAAGAAGGCCUGUUUCGCUCUUUUUGCAGCCAGCUAUUUUUAUACCAUUCCUUUUAUGCUCUUUUUGGGAGUAUUUGGAUUAGUGGUUGAUAUUUAUUACAGAAAUUCUGAAAGUUCCAGAGGGGAAAGAUACCGUCAGACCGGGUGUUUUUUGAGCGAAACCGAAGUCGAUGCCGCCAUUGCAGAAGCUCUUAAAUAUGUAUUGGGGGCAAGAAAAUAUGUUACUGAAAAGAUCUUUUCUUUUAUUAAUUGGCUUGAAGGUUCCUAA